GAUUUACAUAGGCUAACAUAGGAAAAGAAGACAAAACUGCCAAACUUUACCGAACUCUUUCUUUCAGUUCUCGACAAUCUGUUUUGAAACUUAUUCUGCUCUUGUUGCUGACAAUGUCUUCGCAGUUCAACAGAGGCCCAGCAUACGGGUUUUCAGCGGAAGUGAAGAGCAAGAUUGCACAGAAGUAUGACCCCCAAAAAGAAGAAGAAUUACGAGUUUGGAUUGAGGGGAUCACUGGGCGGUCAAUUGGAGAUGACUUCCAGAAAGGGUUGAAAAAUGGUGUAAUACUCUGCGAGCUUGUAAACAAACUUCAGCCAGGGUCUGUGAAGAAGAUUAACCAAUCGUCCCAAAACUGGCAUCAGCUAGAGAACCUGACCAACUUCAUUAAAGCGAUCACCACCUAUGGACUCAAACCUCACGAUAGUUUUGAGGCUAAUGAUCUGUUUGAGAAUGGAAAUAUGACACAGGUUCAGACCACACUUCUGGCUCUUGCUGGCUUGGCUAAAACCAAGGGCAUCCACUUAAGUGUAGACAUUGGAGUGAAAUAUGCAGAGAGACAGGAGAGGGCUUUUGAUGAAGAGAAAAUGAAAGCUGGGCAAUGUGUCAUUGGACUACAGAUGGGAACAAAUAAAUGUGCAAGUCAAGCUGGAAUGAAUGCCUACGGUACCAGAAGACACCUGUAUGAUCCCAAGUCACAUAUUCUACCACCAAUGGACCAUUCAACCAUCAGUCUUCAGAUGGGCACUAACAAGGGUGCUAGCCAAUCUGGUAUGACAGCUCCAGGGACCCGCCGUGCCAUCUACGACCAGAAAAUUGGCACCGACAAAUGCGACAACUCCACAAUGUCUCUACAAAUGGGCUACACUCAAGGCGCCAACCAGAGCGGGCAAAAUUUUGGGCUUGGCCGUCAGAUCUACGAUGCCAAAUACUGCCCCAAAAGUGCACCCGAUGCAACUGGAGAAGGAGCUGAUGCUGUUGGCUACACGGAUUACCAAGACGAGGGCUACCAGGGUUAUCAGGAUGACGGUCAAGAUUACUGAAUCGACCAAUCGCAGGCUAUGAGUCUGAAUAAGAAGCUAAAGGGAAGUUGAUACUUCCUUGUAAACAAAAGACCAAAAACAUGAAAGUGACCCAUAUGAAACAUAUCACUUAUUUUUUAACUAUAUCAAUGUUCUUUUUAUAAACGGUAUGUUUGGUUCAUUUGAAACGAGAGCCCAACAAAAUAUGUUAAGUGUUAUGUGUUGAUAUUUCUUUUAUUUUAUAU